AUGGGCCAGCAGGUCAAGUGGCCUCAGAAGAUGAAAGCUCCCGACUCUUUCCGGAACCCUGGCUUCUGGUGCGACUUCCAUCAAGACCACGGUCACAAAACGGAGGACUGCGUUGCACUAAAGAUCGAGGUCAACGAGCUGCUUAGGAAAUGGCACCUCAGGGAGUUCCUUUCUGAUAAGGCCAAGAGCCAUCUAAGCAAGGAGACAACGGGUAAGCCCACUGAAGCUCCUCCUGUCUCGCCACCGCGACAUGACCGAGUGAUACAUGUCAUUUCGGGCGGUUCGGAAAUUAGCGGCAUAAGCCAUGCAGCUGGAAAGAAAAGCACUUGGAACGCCAAGCACGGCCUAGAGGCACCCAAGCCAAAACGCCUGCUCCUAGGAACAGACGAGAUAAGCUUCAGGGCCAAGGAGCAGGAGAAAGUCAUCACUCCACAUCACGACGCCCUGGUUAUCUCGCUCACUGUAGCGAACUGCCUGGUAAAAAGGAUACUGGAGGAAGGCACUCUAACUCGGAGGGUAACCCCCCUUAUAGGGUUCAGCGGGGAAGUCAAACAAACCGCCAGGGAGAUUACCCUCCCCGUAUACGCCGAAGGAAUCAACAUGUCAACCAAGUUCCUCGUGGUUAACUGGGACUCGUCUUACAACAUGAUUAUAGGACGGACCUGGAUUCAAGGAAUGGGGGCCGUCCCCUCGACUCUUCACCAAAUGGUGAAAUUUCCUACACCCUGGGGCAUAAAGGCGAUCAGAGGAGAUCAGGAAUAUUUGCGCUCCUGCUAUCAGACCACUCUGAAGGGAAAGACCAAGAGAGACGCGAUCAUCAACGAUGAAGUCAAGAGCCUGCUCGGCGCAGGGUUCAUUUGUGAGGUGCAAUACCCAGAAUGGAUAGCUAACGUCGUCGUGGUCAAGAAAAAGAACGGGAAGUGGAGAGUCUGCAUCAAUUUCAUGGACCUCAACAAGUCCUGUCCAAAGGACCCCUUCCUGCUACCUCAUAUCGACAAGCUGGUGGACGCCACCACGGGGCACCAGUUGAUGAGCUUCAUGGACGCGUUCUCCGGCUACAAUCAUAUACUUAUGCAUCCGGAAGACCAGGAGAAAACAUCCUUCAUGACGUCCCGAGGGAUCUAUUGCUACAAGGUCAUGCCCUUCGGCCUAAAGAACGCAGGAUCGACCUAUCAACGGCUGGUCAACAUGAUGUUCGCGGACCAAAUCGGGAUAACCAUGGAGGUCUACAUCGAUCACAUGCUGGUCAAAUCCCUGGAAGUGGAAGACCACAUAUCUCACCUGCAGCAAGCCUUCUCCACCCUUAGGAAAUAUAACAUGAAGCUCAACCCUGCUAAAUGCUCAUUUGGGGUCAGUUCUGGCAAGUUCCUUGGGUACAUCGUAACCCACCGGGGCAUCAAGGCAAACCCGGAGCAAAUCAAGGCCAUUCACUCAAUCCCUUCCCCGAAGAACGUCAAGGCGGUUCAAAAGCUAACGGGAAGGAUGGCAGCCUUGAGCAGGUUCAUCUUCAGACUCUCCGACAAACCUCACGCCUUUUUCGGAAGUCUCAAGAAUCCGAAAGAUUUCCAGUGGACGGGAGAAUGCGAAUCCACUCUCCAAGAGCUAAAAUCGUAUCCCACCACUCCUCCUCUCCAGUCCAAGCCAUUACUCGGUGAAGUCUUGAUGCUAUAUCUAGCGUUCUCCGAACUCGCCGUGAGCGCCGUCAUAGUUCACGAGGAGGAAAACAAGCAGCUACCAAUUUAUUACGAAAGCAAGGCUCUCCUGGACGCGGAGACCCACUAUAGCCACCUAGAAAAGCUGGCCUUAGCCCUGAUAGUCGCCGCUCGCAAGCUCCAACCCUACUUCCAGGCUCAUCCAAUCGUGGUUGUUACCUCCUUCCCUGUAAAGUUGGUCCUCCAUAAACCAGAAGUCUCCGGACGCCUAGCCAAAUGGGCCGUGGAACUAGCGGAAUACGAUGUAAUAUUUCGACCCGCCACGGCUAUAAAGUCACAGGUCCUAGCAGACUUCGUGGCUGAAUUCUCCCAUGCCUUGCUCCCAGCUCUGGAGCAGGAGGUACGCCUCCGAGGCGAAAGUAAGGAAAAGGGAGAAUGGAUCCUACACGUUGAUGGAACCAGCAACAUCAGAGGAGCUGGAGUAGUGAUAAUGCUUACCUCGCCAACAGGGAAGACAGCCUCAAGGGCAGUGAGAUGCAACUUCAAAGCAACCAACAACGAAAGCGAGUCUGAGGCCCUAAUCGCAGGCCUAACCCUCGCCCAUCAAAUGGGGGCAGAGAACAUCCAGGUCUUCGGCGACUCCCAGCUGGUAAUCAACCAGGUACAAGGGGAGUACCAAGCAAAAGACGACAUCAUGAUCCAGUAUCUGGCGGUCGCUCAGCAACUAAUCAAGAAGUUCAAGAGCUGCAAGCUCACUCAAAUCCCCCGGGAACAGAAUUCACAAGCCGAUGCCCUGGCUAAUCUAGGGUCUGCCAUUGAAACGAAUAGACAGAUAAGUAUCCCCUUGCUCGUGCUUCAAUGGCCAGCUACCAUGGAGGAACCCCCGUCAGAGGAGGUCUCCGCCGUUAAAGAAGGCGAAACCUGGAUGACCCCUCUAAUCCGGUACCUGGAGGCCGACAUUCUCCCGGAAGACCAUAACGAGGCCAGAAAGAUCAAAAAGCAAGCCGCGAGGUACUGUAUCUCCCAGGAGAAGCGGUAUCGGAGAUCUUUCUCUGGUCCGUAUCUGAGGUGUGUCACACCCCAAGAGGCCGCUAGAAUCCUUGUAGAACUACAUAAAGGAGAUUAUGGAUCCCACUCUAGCGGUCGAAGCCUGGUACUCAGAGCCAGAAGGGUUGGUUACUAUUGGCCUACGAUGGCCGCCGGCGCCGACAGACAAGCCAAGCACAACGACAAAUGCCAAAGGCACGCUCCAGAAGCGCUCAGUCGCAUAACAGAUCUCCAGAUCCACAAGUUCCUGUGGACCUACGUAAUCAAUCGCUUCAGGGUCCCCCACGAGAUCGUCACCGAAAAUGGACCCCAGUUCAUGACCCGCAACUUCAAAGAGUUCUGCAAGGACUUGGGCAUAAAACUAACUUUCGCCACACCCCGACACCCCUAG